CGCCUACGGUCCUCAGGGACUCUCUGAACAAUCAUGAGUUUCCUCGACGCCAUUCUUCGUGGCCUCACAUGGCUCUGCUGUGGGCCGAAGGCACCUGAAGUGCUGCCGGACGGCGCGUCACAGGAUCUGUAUGUCCCGCCUACAGUGUCGCACAGGCACUCGCAGCGGCACCGCCCCGAGCCAAGCACCCCACCGUCGUACCGGUCGCGCAACGAUGCGCCGUUCGUGACGCAGCCUCAGCACGAGCGGCCGGCCGAGCACCGACCCGAGCACCGAUCCGACCAUGGCACGCACCACGCACACAGCCCGAGUCCGGGGCGCAUCGACCCGAACCAGGUGAACCAGUCCAACCCGCACUACACCGCACUUCGCGCGCGUGCGAACGAGGAGGGCGACGCGAUGGCCCAGGCAUUUGAGGGGGGCCACCAGGCGUACGAGCGUGGGGACGGCGCGCUCGCCAAGGAGCUCUCGAACAAGGGCAAGCGGCACCAGGCCGAGAUGGACAGGCUCAACAAGGAGGCGGCGGAGUGGAUCUUCAUCAAGAACAACGAGGAUAGCAAGCCCGGCGAGGUCGACUUGCAUGGGCUAUACGUGAAGGAAGCGAUAACAUAUACGGAUCGAGCUAUUCAGCAGGCAAGGGCCCGAGGUGACUCCGAGGUCCAUCUCAUCGUCGGCAAAGGUCUGCACUCGAAGAACGGUGCCGCAAAGAUCAAGCCUGCCAUUGAAGAUCUCAUGCAGAAGCAUCAGCUCGUCGCCGAACUCGAUCCACAGAAUACUGGCGUGCUCAUUGUCAGCCUGGACGGCCGUGACAGAGACACGGGGAAUAUUGUGAAGCCUGACGACAUCGCGAGAGGCAUCCAGAGACAGGAUGGGGGUUGUGUUAUCAUGUAAAGGCUUCCGGACUGUCUGCUUCACGUUCUUCGACUCAGGGAUACCAGCAUGCAUCAUCAUAUUACUGUGCCAGACUUAGUACCAUACGCGCAUUACUGUCGUUCAUAUGAAUAGUUGGUCAAGAAGCGUGUUAUGAAGUUAUAAAUUAUGAACGCAAAGUUAUGAAGGAAGGAAUAAGAAUACGGUCCGAUGGGUAGAAUGCUACAAUUGUCCCUGAGUUCAUGGUAUAGUCGUUACAUGUAACAAAAACAUGACAGUUCGAGAGUCCUGCACGAUAGAGAUGGGAAGCGGCGAGUACCCAUGUCACUCAAACGGAUUGGUACGACCAGCCUGACUGUCCCCACUCUCUUUGCAGCCGCACAGCCAGUCAGUCCACCACCGUUUCUCCGGCACCGCCUCCUCCUCCUCGACGUGCUGCAAUCUUGGGGGUGGUAUCGGCUCUGGCGGGCGGUUCGCAUGCGGCGUCUCUGUGCGCGGCGGAGGUGACCGCGGGGCGGGCAGGUCGAGUGGUUUCGGCGGACUCUGCGCACGCGCAGAAUCGUUGCGUCCGAGCGACGGCUUCUUCGCUGCAGGCGCCGCACUCGGCUCCUCUGCCAGCGUAUUCGCCGAGUCCGACUCUUGCAUGAUCGCCGAGCCUUGCGGGUUGUUCAACGAAAGCGUCGAGGCGGCGGGCGUGGCAAACGGGUUGUCGGGCUCUGGAGUCGGAGGAGCGGACAAGCGAGUGUCCAGCUCGUCUAGUGCGACCUCUUCCUCUGAAUCCCGUAGCUUGUGGUGUGUGCCGGGACCCCUGGGCGGGCCCUGCUGCGACCGCCGCCUGCCGGGCCAGAGUAGGCUCGCUUUGCGGGUGACAUCGCCCACGAGCGAAGAGGAGGCGGUGGAUAUCUGCGAGUCUCGCGCGGCUUUGCGACGUUGGCGUUCUGCUUGUUCCCACUGCCUCAGGUUCUCUGCAACCCUCCGCGACUCUUCCUCGUCAUCAAUGUUUGGCGGGUAUUUCUUCUCUCCGCUGUCCUCCUCGUCUGAGGAGGAUUCGUCUUCGUUGCUGAAAGGGUUGUCUGCCCUCUGCUUGCCCUUAGAACCGCUGAGUUUCGGCGCGACCUCAUCAUGGUAGACGCCGGC